AUGGUUCCACCAGUUGGAAGUGCAGAGUUUAAGCAGCUUGUGCUUACCCCUCAGCAAACCAAUCAAGGUGGAUUCCAUGCUCUGGAUGUACGAACGUGUGUUCAGAAUCUCAGACUCCAGCUCGCAGCCUGGCAGUGCAGUGUGGCCCACUUCGCUGGGAACAUUAUUUCAUUCUGUGGGGCAACAGCGACGCCAGCAUCAAGUUUGAACUGCAGCCGAGUCGGGAUGUUCCUCAUCGCCUUAGGACUUUUUCAGCAACUCUGUUUCUGCCAUGUGUUGGCUGAAGCCAACUUCUUGGACAACCCUCUCGGGCUGCAAGCAGCACUGACGGCUGUGGAACACAAGAAAAGAAGCACUAACAAAUGUUGUCUAUUGACCCCUCCACCACCCCCAAUGCUUCCACCACCCUUCUUCAGUGAACGCAAAAUUCUUCAACUCAACGAAGAUUUGAAACAUUUAGCUUUGGAAGUAAAGACAGCUGAAUCUGAAGUAUCAGGUACAAUUGGUCCUCCUGGGCCUCCAGGCCCCCAGGGUCCACAAGGAAUUCAAGGGAUUAUGGGACCAAAAGGAGAGAAAGGGGAUAUUGGAAGACCAGGAAGGAAAGGUAGAGCAGGUAUUGUCGGCCCCCGUGGAAUGCCAGGGGUCUCUGGUUCACUGGGACGAAUGGGGCCAAAGGGUGAAAUGGGCGAUGCAGGAUUAAUGGGAUUUCCUGGUGCAAGAGGACCAAUGGGCCCUAAGGGGAUAAUUGGACCUAAAGGUGAUAAGGGGGUAAGAGGUGGAAGGGGUGAAGAAGGAAGCAAAGGAGAAACGGGUGUUAUGGGCCUUCCUGGAAUGCUCGGACAGAAAGGAGAGAUGGGUCCAAAGGGAGAACCUGGAAUCCCUGGACACAGAGGACCUGUUGGUAGACCUGGAAAAAGAGGGAAAUCUGGGCAAAAAGGUGAUAUUGGUCCUGCUGGACUUCUGGGUCCUUCAGGUCCACCGGGACCGUCUGGUCUUCCUGGUCCUCCCGGGAGAUCUGCACCAGGCCGAUUAAUGAUUGGACCAAAAGGUGAAAGAGGACCUCAAGGACGAUGUCACUGUAAUCUCCGACAGACCAUUAACAACCCAUCGCAUGGUCUACUCCCAGCCUCAGGCAACUCGCCUCAAGUGCCAGUAAUAUUUGUUGUAAAUAGUGAAGAAGAACUGGAAAGGCUAGACACUGAAAAUGCACUUGCGUUCAGAAAAGAUCAGAGGUCGUUGUACUUCAAGGACACCAUGGGAUGGCUGCCGAUUCAGCUCUCCCCGUUCCAGCUAGUGGUAUCUUCUCCAGUUGGGUUCUGUGGGGAUGGAAUAGUUCAAGAGGAAAGUGGUGAGGAAUGUGAUGAUGGAAAUAGGAUCGUCACUGAUAGCUGUAUAAACUGCAAGCAUGCUUCCUGCGGUGAUGGAUACCGAUGGGAAGGAGUUGAACAAUGUGACAGGAAAGAUUUUGGUUACCAGACCUGUAAAAUAUAUCUUCCCGGGUCUUAUGGAAACCUGAAGUGCACUUCCUAUUGUUACAUUGACUCCACAAGCUGUCGAUAUUUCACAUGAGGCUGAAGGAGGUGGAUGCUGUGUCACUUCCCACUGUAAAACAUUCAUCUGGUGCUAUCGCAGAACCAAUGGGAUUGUGCUAUGCACACUCAAACCUCCAUUCAACAAAUAACAAUAAUCAGUUGUGGCUGGAAGGCACUUAGAAAGCCAGGAUUUAUUUCAAGUGAUUGUCUGGAUGAGAAUUAGGACCAUUGCAUUUUGUCUUAAAAAAAACAACAGCAGCAAAAAAGGAUGAUAUUGUAUUUGCUUUACAGGAAUACCUUUAAAAUACCCUUUUCUGGAUGGUUACAUCCAGAGACUGUUCAUGGUUGUUGAAGGACAAUACUCAGGCUGAAACAAUAGGCAAUAUGAUAUCGUUCCUCAAGAGACCGGAAUCAGAACUGCCAUACCUCAGUUGUGCACUGUUACAGACUAGUGUAGUUUUACAUACAGGCUUAUUCAAGGAAAAGAAAAAAAAAAUUGGAUCCUGGAUGCUGUGUUGAUACGGUGACAAAAAUACCAACAAUUAUUGUAAUGUGAAGUGCUAUUUAUUGCAUUUGCAUGAGUAUUUAUGCAACAAAAGCAUCAAUCAUAUAUGAAACUUUUCCAUGCCAUUAUCCUGCAGAGUUUAGUGUUUUUACAAGAUGCACAUGUUUUUGUCCCUCCCCUCAGCCCCAGCUACGUGUAAAUUUAAAUGCUUAAUGCCCUGACCACCAAUAACCAUUAAUAAUGGAAAUCUGCCAUGUUGAUGUGUAUACUAUGUUACAUGGAAACAGGUUGUGGGAAACGGACAAAAGGAAACAGGGAGGCUUCUCCCCCCAUUCCACACACCCCCAGGUACACACGCAUGCACACGCACACACACACACAUCCUGUAAUUUGGAAUACAAACAAAUGGAUGUGCAACUGAGUGUAUUAUGUCUUUAUCAAGCAUUACAUCCAAGAGUGUAUCUCUGGGGAGAUGGACAUUAGGCGUUGACAGCAGGAAUAGGAAGAAUGAUUUGCAGAAACCCCCCACCCCAUCCAUUUCGCCCAACAAAUAUACAGUCAGUUCACUUUAUAGUAUAUUCUCAAGCGCUUUGAAACGUCGCGAAGAUGUGAUAAGGCACUAUAUCAAAUGCAAGGAUUAUUAUUAUCAUUAAUAUCCCCGCCAGCACUGUUUUCCCUUUCCUCCCAAAGCAGAGAAUUUUUAAAGAAACCUGCAUUACAUUUGGAAUGUUACAGUUGGACCUGGGACUGCUUUGAACCCCGGGCCCAGCUCCCCCACUGCACCAGUGACUGAAAGAACUGAAUGCAUAAAGAAAGUAUACGCGCUGCAUACAUCACAGUGGAUGAGCUGUCAAUGGUUGCACAGCAGUCUGCUACAAUUGGCAAUGGAGACGUGCAUAAUAAGAUGGACAUUGUAGUUAAAGUAUGAUUGAUCCCCUCUUUGACUUCACAGAAAGAGUUUUGUUACAUGUACCUAUGCAUGUCCAUGAUACUGGAGUUUACAAACUGUAGAAAUAAAAGGAGCUCAAUUAGG